AUGGAUUACGGAUCAUGGAUCAUUGAUUAUUAUUUUUGGCUGUGGUUUUGUGGAUCAGGAUUUUUGGCUGUAUUUUCCGAUAGAUGCCAAACAUCAGAUACGAUGACCCCUUGUCUUUGUCCUAAAAAUGGCAAGAAAGUGAAGAAGAAGCAUAUCCUCUCUAUUCAAAAGCGUAUCAUCUCAAAGUGCCAGCGCCGCCAAUCCUCAACUACCAACACAGCUAGCCGUGUCUCCACAUUCACAUCAUCAAUGGGACAAUGUAUCAAAGGCCUCGCUUCAGUCAAGAAAGCUUUUAGCUGCAAAAAAGCCCAAACUACAGCUACACCUUCUUUGAUCUCAUCUUCAUCGACGAUCUCUAAUGACUCCUAUCUUUCUGACCUUUCUGAUGACGAGCACUUUUCAAAAUCUUGCCCAGUAUCCGAAAAAUCUAUGGCCCUGGAUUCACUUAUCUUUGAUCAUCCUUCAGUCACAGUCCGCAUUAGUCCAGCUGCCUAUCGCUCAUCUUAA